AUGCCUAACUACUGCCCCAUUUUGCCAGUAGAAAAUUAUAGAGGCAUCUCACUCUUGACUAUAAUUGGAAAAUUCCAGGAGAGAAUAGUGUACCAUGCUAUUUAUAAUCAAGUUAUCAGUUUUAUACACGACUCUCAUCAUGGGUUCCUCACUGGUCGCUCUUGCACUACCCAACUACUCUUGGUACAUCAUGACUGGUUCAAGGCCUUGGAUAGGAGUGGCCAGGUCGAUGUAGUAUUUAUUGACUUUUCAAAGGCUUUUGAUCUUGUCUGUCAUGACAUUCUCUUGACCAAACUUUAUAAAUAUGGUGUUCGCGGAGUAUUGCUUGAUUGGUGCAGAGAUUAUCAUGUUAACAGAUCGUCAACAGCGUGUAGUAGUGAAAGGAGAGUGUAUAUCAAUGAUUUACCUGGGGUUAUUAAUACUCAAGAAGAUCUGUCUAAUUUUCAGAGUGACAUAGAUAAAAUAUCAGAAUGGUGUAAGAGGAAUAAGAUGAUAAUGAACACUAAGAAAUGUAAGAUCAUGCACAUAACCAGGAAAAAAUCACCUUUAGUUGGGGAAUAUUUUAUUGAAGGUCGACCCUUAGAAAGUGUCAAUGUGCACAAAGAUUUUGGACUGUUUACUGCCGGUGAUCUCUCAUGGAAUCAACAUAUAGAUAAAAUUACUGCUAGGGCUAAUAGAGUGUUGGUGUUAUUUGUCCUCCGUAUUUGCGAAUACACAACAACUGGCGACGAGGAUGGGAUCCAGCUAAACAAGCACAAGCGGUAAACGGAAGUGGGCUCGUGAAAUUCACGUGAGAAGUUUAACGACACGACAGAAAAUGCCGGACGAAGCACCGAACACGAGUC